AUGUGAUGAACAGAAGGCCGCAGGACAUAUUCAGGGAUGGUUUCUGCCCUCGACGAAGCAGUUGGAAACGUUACACAGGCACUGAAAGAGAAGGGGUUGUUUGAAAACACACUCAUUCUGUUUACAGCUGAUAAUGGCGGUCCUAUCAUUAGUUAUGCUUGCAACUGGCCUCUGAGGAGGAGGGAAGCACUCAAUCUGGGAGGGGGGCACCAGAGGGGCAUCCUUCAUGUACGGUGCUGGACUAAAGAAAACCAAGACAACUUACAAUGGAAUGAUGCAUGCUGUAGACUGGAAGCCUACCUUAGUGACAGCAGCAGGUGGAACGCCCGAGACGUCAAUCGAUGGUAUAAGUCACUGGGAAUCCAUCAGGAAUGGCCUUCCGUCGUCAAGGACCGAGUUUAUAUACAACCUUGACGACUUCGAACCUGCAGUGGAGGGCCAUGCUGGAAUACGGGUUGGAGACUACAAGCUGAUAAUGGGCUACCCAGGUGGACCUGAUGGUUGGCACAAGCCUAUGAACGGAACAGAAAGGGAAUUUUAUGAGACCAUUGUAUAUUUUAAAGGCGAUAGUCCAGUGCAGCUCUACAAUAUACGUGAGGAUCCUACUGAGCAUAACGACCUGGCAGCACAGAUGCCGGACAUUGUUGACAAACUAAGAGCCCGGAUAGAGGACUACCGGAAGCAGAUGGUUCCCGCCCUCUACCCUCCUCCUGAUCCUGCAUCUAACCCUAAAAACUUCGGAAACGUCUGGAGCCCCGGAUGGUGUUGACCUUUAGAUUAACUUGUGUCUAAUAAUAUCAAUAAUAUUCCAUUGCCAUUGAAAUAGAGUGGCCUGUUAAAAUACCGCCUGAAUGAAGUUAGUAUCGCUGAAAUACUAGGUGACAGUGCUAUGAAUUUAUUUGUGUUUGUCUCAUAUGAGAAAUAAAUAAGAGUUUGCUUUGA